AUGCAGAAAAUUUUCACCGAACAACGGGGUGUGUUGCGCGGUUGUGUGGACCGAUUGUUACUUUUCGGUCUGGAUGAUGACGUCAGAAGCGUAUUGUCUGCAUAUACAAAUCAACAUGUGUGUCGAGAAACAAAUCGAAAGAUUCUACGUCUCUACCCUUUAAGCGGUGACAGUGACGUGGGUUAA